GCGAUACAAUUUUCUUUCGGGUGCUUCGCUCUGCUGCGCGAUAUGGACACCCGAGCGGCGCUGCUUUGUGCGGUGCUGCUGGCUGCGAGCGUCAGCGGCGGCCAGGAGGCGGAAUGCGUGGGCGGAUGCCCGCAGGGGACCCGGCGAGAGGGCCGCACCCUCGACCUGCUGUCGGGACUCACCGGCUUUCUGGGCGGGGGCGACGACGAGGGCGGCGCGCCGGACCCGCUCAAGUACCCCAUCUGGAAGGUGCACAAGUACCACGGCAUCGACCUCCGGCCCGUCCAGGUCGUCGACGUCCGCUCGCCCUACAAGCCACCCGAACCCAAGCAGGUUUACUCACCGGCAUACGGCCCGCCGGCGUACGGACCCCCGCAGUACCCGGUGACUGGUUACCAGCCGCCCGCGGGUGCCAGCUUCAGUGCCACCUCGGACACUUUCACCGCCCCCGAAGGUGGCUCCAACAGCGACACCAAGUCCGAGUCCAGCUCCGAGGGCAGCUCUGGCAGCUCCGACCUCUCGGUGCUGGACGACCUGGGCGGCCUCGUGGGGCUGCUGGGCGGCGGCGACAGCGGGGGCGGCGGCAGCCCCCUGUCCGCGCUCAUCUCGCUGCUCCCACUGAUCAACAACCUGGUCAGCCUCAAGAGCGGCAAACUCGGAGGCAGCGGCAACGGCGACGCCAGCGGGGGCUCGCCCCUCGAAGCGCUGGGAUCACUGUCCGGCCUCUUGGAGAGUGCUUCCGGCCCGAUCAACAAGAAACUGCAGGCGGUGCAGGCGGUAUCCUCGCUGCUGCCCGUGCUACAGCAACUGAAGCACUCCAAGCCGGUGGGCUUCCGCACGUCGCUGGCCGUCGGCCGGGGUUUCGACCCCAACCGCGUGCGGAGGUCGCCGCAACGUAUCUCCAAGCGGUCGCUCCUCCUGCUGCCCAAGAAGUUGGCGGUGCUGGGCGCCAUCUCGAAGCUGCAAAAGAUUAAAUCGGGCAAGAAGGAACCCUUCAGCUUGUUCAGCCCCUUCUCCUUCAUUCCCGGCCCGUUGGAACUCGUGAAGGAGGGCCUGAAGACAGUGCUGCCGAGCUUCGUCAGCGGACUGCUGGGCUUCGAGGACGAGGAGGAGGAGGAGCCGGGCGCGGCCGGACCGCCGCCCCCGCCGGGGGCCUACCUGGACACCUCGGCACUGCCCGCGCUCCCCGGCCUGCCCCCGAUCCCCAUCAAGACCGGGCUCUUCGGCUUCGGCUUGCCCCCCAAGUUCAUCUUCCAGCCCGUCGCCGGAGGUCAGCCUUACGUGUCCGUACGUUACCCUCAGAACGGAGCCAGCCCCCCGGAAGAGGACACCGGCACGCACUACGCGGACGGCCCGGUACCGUACUCUGCACCCUACGAAUAUCCUCCUCACCCGCCGCCUCCGCCGCCACAGUACGGUGCACCGGUGUACAGCCCUCCACCGUACGGCGCAGAUCAGCUUCCGCGGUCUCCUCCUCCCGAGCCCGAUUCCAAGCCGGAACCGGCCGUCGCGUACCACGCUUCGCAAGUGAUCCCCCAGCUCCAGAUCCAGAUCUCGCCGUACCCUCUGCCCCAGGCACAGCACGGCAGCGGCUACGGCCCGCCUAGCCCCGGUUACGGUCCGCCCGGCCCCAACUACGGCCCACCGAGCGCCACGUACGCCCCUCCCCUCGAGCCCCCUCCACCCCCGAUGGAGGAACAGGUGGUGUCACAGGAGCAGGAGGUCGAGGUCCCAGAGCGCCCGGAGGCGCCUUACCCUCAGGCUGUGCCCCUGGAGCCGUCCACGGAGCCACCUGCACCACCUCCGCCUCCCCCGUCGCCGGCACCGUAUCCACCUGCUCCGCCCCCAGCGCCGUAUCCACCUCCGGGUGUCCCCCAGCAGCCGUUCUCCCCUCCCGACUCGUAUGGCAGCAAUUUGGAUUACUCGCCGCCGAGCUUCAGCCACGAUGGCGGCUACGCUCCACAGCAGUUCGGACCGGACGACGGCACCUACUACCCCGGCCCCAGCCUGCCGUACUCUGCAAACGAGAUCCACGACCCUCUGGCCUCCCCGUCGGAAGUCAGCUCCUUUGCGGCCUUCCGCCACUCUCAGCCUUACAGCCCAGAAAUCUUCAACUCGGACGAUAGCUUCGUGCCUAUGCAGCAUGCAGUGGCCAGAAAUGAUGUUAAGACCAUUCUCUUGUCAAAUAAGGGAAGUGGUGCUGGACAACCUAAAAGAAGCUAGAAACAUCAAGAAUUUCUUGUUUCACAAGAUUCCGAGUCUCCAAACAGAAAUUUGCAGAUCAUCAGUAGCAUAUGACAUUUCCCAUAUCUUAUUUGGUUGGAAAAGGUUUUGCUGCGUCAUCGCAUUAAUCAGACUAGUCUGCAGUGAUUUGUAACACAGUAAUAGAUAGUAAGUGUGAUACAGAAUAUUUAUUUUAAAGCAUAUAUCUGUUGAGAGCAGAGCCAUUUGUACCAUCUUUUCAUGCAUUGAUAUUUCACAAGUAUUUAUUAACUUUGUUUUGCCAUUAGUGUGUAGCAUUUACCAAAGCUUUCACUGUAGGAGAUUAUUUUGUAGCUAGCUUUUAGAUUAAUUAAGCUUAUUGAUCAAUUUUAUAUGAUUGUUACAAAUGUAUGUAGAAUUAGGGCAAUUGUGAAGAGAUGCUUUAUUAAAAUAUAAUUAAGUUAUCCUUGUCUGUCCUUGUUUGUAAAAUAUAUUUAAAACCCUAUUUUAGUCAAGCAUAAAGAAAUGUUUCAAAAAUGGAAUCUAAACUCAUAUUGAUUACAAACAAUUCCACAAGUGAAUAUUUUGUAUUGCAGGAGUAAGUUGAGAUCUCUUUUUGACCAUCCAGAUUUAGGUUUUCCAUCCUUUCAAUUAAUUGUUUAAGAUGACUGCCAGGACUGCUCCUUUGAAAAUUUCCUACUCCAUCCUUAUCCACUCUAAGGGUGUGCAACCUCAUUACCUUAUUGUCAAUAGGACACUAAACCAAAAUCUUCCAUAUGCGAAAAGUGAUAUGAAGGGGAAAGGAGGAAAAACAACAGCGAUGUGAUUUGAGGCACAUAAUAAAUAUGCUGUUUGUAAUAAAAAUAUAGAGAAAGUGCAGUUGGAACAGAUUUUUUUAAACUUUCAUUCACUUCUAUUGUGUCACAUUAUAAACAAAAAAUGUUGUUUUGAUAUAGAACAAAUUUUGUAUUAGCAUAAUUACAUGUGUCAAGCAAUAAUAUGAUCUCCACAUCAAUCUACAUGUACAUGUCAGCUAAUCACGUGUUAUUUCCCAGCCUAUAGAUUUCUUUAAAUUUGUUAUGGUAUUCUCCUAUAUUUUUCUUGCAGAAAAAAGACUUUCAGAAUUUCAAUCUGUGAUACAGAUCUUUAUUGGUUCUUAUGUAUUGUUUUAUGAGAGUGCACAUUUGCAUUUCUUACCAAGUCUUAAAUAUAUUCAAAUUGUUUUAUAUAUAUAUUGGGAUGGAAAAGUCAAAUUAUCACAACACACAUAAGGAGUACUUGUGCACCUGUGGUUUCAUUUCAAAACCACUUAUAAAGCAUUAGUACAGAAAACCAUGCCAACUGUUGCUUUGAAUGCUGUAAGUUACUGCUACAAUGCACUACAUUCAUAGAAGUACCUCUUGUACUUAAAAAAAAAAUCAAUAAAAUGUUGGGUUCAGGUGGAAACCAUUGGGCAACUUCAUCUGAAAUCAUACAGGUCAAUAGUGAAUGUGUCACAUCAUUAAUUCAAAAUUUUGAAAAAAAAAUUAUAUCAAAGUUCCACAUGACACCAUUCAAAAACUAAAAUAUUUUGAUUUUCUAAUAAUUUGUUGAAAUGUAAUAGACCUCUCUGAAUGAGAGCAUUUGUGAAACUGUCAUAAUGAAAGGGAAAAUAAAAAAAUUGCAAUAAAAAACUACAAUCGAUA